CGCCCGCCGCCGCGUCCUCUCCCCGGCCGGCGGGAGGCGGCGGCUCUCUCAUGCCGCCCGCCUCGCCCCCUGCUCUGAAUCUCUGCCUGUCGGCCGAUCUGGAGAGAAACGGGGAGGGGGUACGUCCCCUCGCACUUUUAUUUUUCACCCACUUCUUUUUUUCUUCCCUUUUUUGCCUUCCCUCCAUUACGCCCCCCUUCUCCCCAGCCCAUUUCUCCUCCAUCGGGACUCUUCGGCGGCCAUGCGGCCGGUCCUGGGCGAGCGGCUCUAACUCGUCUCCUCGCCCAGAUGGCCCCCCGGAGCCGCGGGCGCAUGGAGCCGAGCUACGUCGUGGGUAUCUGCUGCCUGGUGCUGCUGGAGCCGGGCCGGGUGUGGAGCGGCGAGCCCAGCACCGGGGGGUCCGGGGAGAGCGGGAACAGCAGCCAGGCUCCGCCGCCGGAGACCACGGUCCCCGCGCCCACCGGAGCGGCACCACCGGGGGGAGACCGCUGCCGCGGGUACUACGACGUGAUGGGGCAGUGGGACCCGCCGUUCAACUGCAACGCCGGCAUCUACCAGUACUGCUGCGGGACCUGCGGGUACCGCUUCUGCUGCCAGUUCAAGCCCGGGCGGCUGGACCAGAGCGGCUGCUCCAACUACGACACCCCCAACUGGGUCAACACGGGCCAGCCGCCUGCCCGUGUGGACGAGACCCCCGAGGACCCCACUCGUGACAAGACCAACAUGAUCGUCUACAUCAUCUGCGGUGUGGUGGCCAUCAUGGUGCUGGUGGGCAUCUUCACCAAGCUGGGCCUGGAGAAGGCACAGGGUCCCCAGACAGAGAUGACCGUCUCCAGGACACUAACAGAUCUGCUGAAGCAGCCAGGCCACAGCCCCUCUGAGAACAUGGACAGCCUCAUGGGGGGUGUGCAGGUCCCACUGAGUGAGGGGCUGGCCCGGGGGCCCCCCAGAAACAGCACAGACAAGCCACCCUUGAACAAUGCGGUGGCCAUUGCCCCCUCACUGGGGCGGCCGCACAGCCAUGGCAAGCGCCUGCCGCUGGCCAGCAGCUUGGCUCUCUCAGCCCCGGACUACACUUCCUACACCACCCUCAAGGUUGGAGAGAGCGCCUCCGAGGACUUCUACCGGCGGUUCGGGGGCCUGGAGCCACCCCCCGCCAGCACACUGACCUUCCCAGCCGAGGGCCCGGUGCUGGCCGAGGGCUGCCCCCUGCCCAAGGGCCCCAAGGUACCAGGGGCUCUGGCCUUCCCGGGGGGCUGGGAGGGGGCCCCGCACCGCGGCCCCCGCCGGCCGGGCCUGGCCACCCUGCGCCCUGAGGGGCCCCCCGAGGCCUUCGGCCCCUCCACCUCGCUCUACGGGCAGCACUCCCGGCACCUCGCCACCAACAGCAAGACCGAGGUCACCGUCUGACGGCCGUGCCAUGGGGGGCUGGGGCUGCCCCUCAGGCGGGACUCGCUGCCACCGGGGGCAGCCCACCGGAGGAGAGCAUCACAGGACUUACACAAACUGCAGCACUGGCCAGAGCGGGAUGCGCUGCCCAGAUUUCCAGCUGCUGCGCUUCAGCAUCGAGGAGGCACUUGGGGACUCAUCCAGACAAGUCUUCAGGCGUUCUUAGCCCAUGUCCUGAAGAGGAUGAGCUGGGGACACACUGGCAGAGCCGUACCCUGCUCAGGGGAUGGGGGCCAAUGCUGGACAGACUGGAAACAGAUCCUGCUGGGGCCAGGCACUCCCACCUGGCUCCUCGGAGGAGAUGCGGGGAAGAGCAAUUGACUCAAAGCAUCACCCCCAUGCUGCCAGCACAGCCCGAGCAGCCCCUUCCCUCCACAGCCUCCUCCCUUCCCCACUGCCCCAGCCUCCACCUUGUCAAUAAAUAACACAUUAAACUGUC